AUGUUGGUUCAAGAGUCUGGUAUACCAGUUUCCAAGAGAACUGUGCAGCGAAGAUUGGCAGAGGAAGGUUUGACAGGUCAUCGUCCUAUUAAAAAACCUCGGUUUAUUGAUGCGAUGAAGAAAAAACUUCUUGCCUGGGCUCGUGAACACCGCCAAAAGACUGUCGAGGACUGGAGUAAAGUGUGUUUUUCGGAUGAGUCAACAUUUGAAAUUCUAGCCGACAAGAGCAGCUUUGUCAGGCGACGC